AUGCAAGAUAAUAUUGAUAAGGUGAUGAACCGUGGAGAAAGAAUAGAUGAACUACGUGGAAAAGCUGAGGAUUUGAAUGCCACGGCUGGAAACUUUAAACGUGGAGCCAAUCAAGUACGCAAGAGAAUGUGGUGGAAGGAUUUUAAAUGGAAAAUCAUCAUUGGUCUCACUAUUCUUGUCAUCAUUGGUAUCAUCAUUGGUUCUAUUGUUGGAACUCAAACUCAUAAAGAUGAUAAUAGUAAACAGCAACAACCUCCUACUACUUCUCAAGAAACACAGCAACAGUCAUCAUCAACAACUUCUAUUAUACAAGCUACAUCACAUCCUUAA